AAUUAACAUUCAGAUUUAAAAUCAGUCAACAAAAUUAUUUAAGGGGAGAUUAGCCAAGUGAAACGGGGCAGUGUACCGCAUGGUUAACAGUUGGAACACGGUUAUGAUUGGUGUUUUGACGGGGCUGUGUUGAGCAGGAUCUCUGGGUGAAAUUGCUAAAAAAAAAGAGAGAACAGGGCACAAAAGAGGGGGACAAGAAGCUAAAAGAACUAAGCUCUAGGGUUCAGCGGCGAUCUAAACUGAGUGCAGUAUAUGUGGGGACUAUCAGUGGAACUCUGCCGCGUAAAAGACGGAACAAAAGCUAAUCACAAGGGGGAAGUCAAACACGAUAGCAGAGUCUUAAGACUCUAAACGACCUUGACCAACCUCCUCUGUCCCAUAUUCUCUCAGGGGAUCGUACCCUAAGGAGAUUCGCAACGAGCUUGUUGAAACGACGUCAUAUAUUAUGAUCCACCCCCACGCGUGGAUUUCUGUAAGACUGUAAAGGAUUUCAGUAUGGAUCGCAGUCUCGGACCGUAUCGGUUCGGCUACCCCGACGAUGGACUCGCCAGGUACACAUUAGGUGAUGUGUUGGAACAGUACCUCUCGUGCGAUGAGUAUUUCUGGUGGCAAAAUUUGCGCGUCGGAAAGAAGGUUUUCAAAUUCCAGGCCUUUCUGCAUACGCGGGAAGAAGAACAGAUGAAGAUCUGGAAAUCAUUCCGGCAAAUGAGAACAGUAAACAGGCCAAUGGAAGCUGCCAUUGACAUUCAAAGGCCACGUCUGGGACAGUUUCUGUUGACUUGGAUGAAAGAGUCAGAACUUCGCCAGGCGAAGAAUAUUUUAGAGGAACAGUGCGAUAGGAGAUAUGAAACCGCCAUCAAAGCUAUAGACACCGAGCUCGUCAACAAGGAGGGGGAAGACGGUGUAAAACAUGGUUCUUCAUGUUUCCCAACGGGAUGCUUCUGCUGUGCGGAUUGUUGUUAAUUUAUUCCUGAUGGUGGAUGUCUAUGACGACGGAUCUUCAUACUCUCGAUACCCUUUUUUUGCGGUGGCGAUAUUUAGUUGCCAAGAUGUUGGUUGUUUAAUGGAUGCUAAAAUCAAUUGGUCCGUCAUUUUUCAAGAGAUCCACGGUGUGGAUCUGCCACGUUGCCUUACAGACUGCGUUGGACAAAAGCAGUAAGUUUGAAGUAGAAUGUACG